CUGAAGAGCCACCAGGGAACUUACAUUUUUAUUCUGAAGAUGCAGCUCUCAUUGGUUUUCAGAUCCGUGCUGCUGCUUUACCUGCUUGCCCUGUUAUUAAAUAGUGCUUCUUCUGAAAAAAAGUCUAAAAGAAACAGAAAAUCAUUGUAUCAAAAGAAAGGAAGGUGGGUAAUCUUGGAUCCAUCACUGAACCUCUCAAUGAAUGUCCCCCCGUCUCCAAACAGAUCUUUGUCACCAUGGACAUAUGAAGAUUCCUAUGAUAGUUCACGAAUCCCAUCCAAAAUCUCUGAAGCAAAAUGUGAAAAAGCAGGCUGUUUAACCAAAAAUGGAGAGGAAGACUUUGGACUGGAAUCUAAACCCAUCUACUACCAGAUCAACAUCUUGAAGAGAGUGAAGGAUAGAAAGGCUACGCACUACACCCUUCAGUUGGAGACUAAAAUAAUUAGUCUAGGCUGUACAUGUGUCCAACCUGUCGUUGUGCCUCAGAACUAGUUCUGUACUCUAACUGUAUAUUGUUGUAUUAAUUUGCUUAUAGGUACAGCAAACUUCUGUGCCACUUUUGAUCAGCCUUAUAUUUAUUAUCUUGAUUAAUAAAAUAUAUUGUAACAUUUUCUUUUAAGUUUUGCUUUAUAAUAGUCUGUUUCAGUGCAACAAUUGUAUGAAUGGUACAAGUUCAAAUGCAAAAAAACCCCCAAAAAACAUUCAUAAUAAAAUAAAAUCUUUGGUUUAGUUAAGAGAAGCAUUUAUUUGACUCAUCUUGAAAUUACAAACAGGGAGCAUUUACAUUCCAUUUUCUCACCAAAUCUGGUCGAUUAACAACAUUUCUCAUCAUUGCACAUACAACGGCUCUUUUUUGAUGCUGCAGGCACCAACAUCAAACUCCUCUGUCUUUGUAUAUAGAACGAGUAAAAUAAAUGACUAGAAUAAAGCUCAGUGACAUGCCAAAGCAAAG